UCCCCUUUCCCAAACCCCACCGAAACCCCAACUCCGGCCAAAAUGGACGGCGAUACGCCGCACCCGCCGCCGGCGGAAUCCAAGGCACUCGACGACGACGGACUCCUCGCCAAGAUCCUCCUCCGCGCCGCCAAAAUGGAGUCCGAGACGCCGCCGCUGCCGCCGCUGGCGUCGGUAUCCAAGGUGUUCGACGACGACGACCUCCUCGCCGAGAUCCUCCGCCGCGUCGGCCUCCCCACCACGCUCGUCCGCGCGGCCGCCGUCUGCCGGCUCUGGCUCCACCGCGCCUCCCGCCGCGACCUCCUCCGCCGGUUCCGCGAGCGGCACCCGCGCCGCCUCCUCGGGUUCUACGUCGUCGAGGUGGACUGCUCCGCGGCGCCGACCGUCCCGCGGUUCGUGCCGGUUCCGCCUCAGCCGCCGGAGCUCGCUGCGGUGGUCCGCCGCGCGGCCUCGAGCCUGGGCGCCUACAUGAGAGAGCACGGCGCGCCGAGCUCCAUCAUGGACUGCCGGAACGGCAGUCUGCUCAUGACGCACGAGCGGCACGACCACGACCAAACCCGGUCGACGCUCCGGGCGCAUAGCCUGCUGUGCCCCCAGAGAGGCAGCGUCGUCUUCCCGGGGUUCCCAGUUCCCCGACUCCGGUUCGGAAGCUCCUACACAUACUCUAGAAUCCUCUCCAAGGAAGAAGGCGACGGCGUGUCCUACUUCUACGUGUCGAUGCAGUCUACCGUGGACAGGAAACAUACGGCGUAUGUCUAUAUGUUGCAAGAUGGUGUUUGGGUUAUGCAUAGCUUGACCAUUGGCCAGAUCCCUCCUCCACGGCCGGAUUUGGAAGCCGUGCUCGUCGACAAUAAGAUCUAUAUGCCAGCCGGCAAGAGCGAUGUUGUUGUCUUCGAUUUGACGGCCUCGAUGUUCUCAACGAUUCAGCUCCCACAAGGGGUCGAGUACGUCGCGAGAAACACAAUCUUGUCACGGGCAGACGAUUCUGCUGGUGUAUACCUCGUCCAUUUGAAAGAGCUUGAACUCCGGAUCUGGCUCCAUAAGGGGGACGAUUGGUUGCUGGUCCACAACAUUUGUCUGUGUGACAAGUUUGCUGGUUUGAGUAUGCUAGAUGGCAAUGCUUUUCUCCAAAUAAAACAGGUGGGGGACAAUGCCGAGUAUGUGUUGCUGGAGAUGAUGUGUCAAUGCGCACUCUACUUGGAUAUCAAGUGCAGGACACUGCAUACAGUGUAUGAGGUGACAAACGAGGAUUGAUAUUUGGGCGAUAUACAUCCUUUUAUGAUGAUAUGGCCUCCAAAGUUCCCUGCGCUCAAGGAUGAUCCUGCAACUGCAAGAGAUGCUAUGUGAAGAGCAGGCGUAUAACUGGGUGUUGCUGGAUGGAAGUACAUAUGUCAGUGGUAAGCUAUGGCUGGCGCAAUCAAAGAUGAGCCGUGCUGCGCAUUUCCUGGGCACCAGUAGUACUGAACGCCCUUCCAUCUGCACGCAUCACCUGGUCCAUCUUUUAUCUUUUCAGGCUUAAGUAAGGCAGUACAAUGGGUUGGUUAGUUUAUCCUCCUUACUUGAUUUGGAGACUCCAAACGAUCUAGUGCUACUUGUCAUCCACUUUAAAACGCGCUUGCGCUUCAUGCCUUACCAGGAAGGAGUUCAUUUGACUGAAUUUUGCUGCAUGCAUGCUUUCUCUGAACUGACUAAA